AUGGCAGGGACGGUGACUGUGCCUGGAUCGUCGGUGCCAUCGACGCCGCUGCUCAAGGACGAGCUGGACAUCGUGAUCCCGACCAUCCGCAAUCUCGACUUCCUUGAGAUGUGGCGCCCCUUCUUCCAGCCGUACCACCUCAUCAUCGUCCAGGACGGCGACCCCAGCAAGGUCAUCAAGGUUCCCGAGGGCUUCGACUACGAGCUUUACAACCGCAACGACAUCAAUCGCAUUCUCGGCCCCAAGGCCUCAUGCAUCUCCUUCAAGGACUCCGCGUGCCGCUGCUUCGGCUACAUGGUCUCGAAGAAGAAGUACGUCUUCACCAUCGACGACGACUGCUUCGUGGCCAAGGACCCAUCUGGCAAAGACAUCAAUGCUCUUGAGCAGCACAUCAAGAACCUCCUCAGCCCGUCCACCCCGUUUUUCUUCAACACCUUGUAUGACCCCUACCGUGAAGGUGCGGACUUUGUCCGUGGAUACCCCUUCAGCCUUAGGGAGGGUGCCCCCACCGCGGUCUCUCAUGGCCUUUGGCUGAACAUCCCUGACUACGAUGCACCCACACAGAUGGUCAAGCCUCGUGAGAGGAACAGCAGGUAUGUUGAUGCCGUCCUGACUAUUCCCAAGGGAACACUGUUCCCCAUGUGUGGCAUGAACCUUGCCUUUGACCGUCAGCUCAUUGGCCCUGCAAUGUACUUUGGCCUCAUGGGUGAUGGCCAGCCUAUUGGUCGCUACGAUGAUAUGUGGGCUGGAUGGUGCGUAAAGGUAUUCAUCUGCGACCACUUGAGCCUUGGAGUGAAGACUGGCCUGCCAUACCUGUGGCACAGCAAGGCUAGCAACCCAUUUGUCAACUUGAAGAAAGAGUACAAGGGCAUCUUCUGGCAGGAGGACAUCAUCCCCUUCUUCCAGAACGCCACUCUCCCCAAGGAGUGUGACACAGUCCAGAAGUGCUACAUCUCACUCUCGGAGCAGGUCAAGGAGAAGCUUGGCAAGAUUGACCCUUACUUCGUGAAGCUUGCUGAUGCCAUGGUCACCUGGAUCGAGGCCUGGGACGAGCUGAACCCAUCUGAUGCUGUCGUUGCUUCUGGGAACGGCAAGGCAGCAGCCAAGUAG